UUUGACGAAAGUUUGCAAUUUCUACUUGGUGCUCUUAGUUAUUGUAAUAAACAAAUCAAAUUCUAACGUUAAUACUUUAGAGAACUUAAUCAUAUUAUUAAUUAAUUAAUAAGAAUGGAAGAUUCAAUUGAAAAGUGUACCCAGCCGGAAAUUGUAAAAAACAAUAAAAAAAAUUUUAUAUGCGGUGUUAUUGAAGGCUUUUAUGGACGACCAUGGACAAUGGAACAACGGAAGGAUCUUUUUCGGAAGUUAAAAAAAUGGGGAAUGGAUUCUUACGUGUAUGCUCCGAAAGAUGAUUAUAAGCACCGGGCUUAUUGGCGUGAAUUAUACACUGUAGAAGAAGCCGAUCAUUUAUCGAGUUUAAUAUCAGCGGCAAAAGAACACGAUGUUGUAUUUUAUUAUGCUCUAUCUCCAGGUUUAGAUAUGACUUACAGUAGUCAAAAAGAAAUACAAACCCUGAAAAGAAAAUUGGACCAGGUCUCUCAAUUUGGUUGCGAGGCGUUUGCAUUACUAUUUGAUGAUAUCGAAGCAGAGCUCUCCAAGGUUGAUAAGGAAGUAUUUCAAACAUUUGGCAAUGCACAGGUUUCUGUUACAAAUGAAGUUUACACACAUUUAGGAAAUCCAAAAUUUUUUUUCUGUCCAACUCAAUAUUGUAGUUCCAGGGCUAUACCCACGUUACAUGAUUCAGAAUAUUUAAAUACAUUGGGUUCUAAGCUAAAUCACGAUAUUGAUAUUAUGUGGACUGGUAAUAAAGUUAUAUCAAAGAUAAUAACGCUAGAAUCUAUACAGGAAAUAACCGAAAUUUUGCGUCGACCACCCGUAAUAUGGGAUAACUUACAUGCAAAUGAUUAUGAUCAAAAACGAGUUUUCCUGGGUCCCUACUCAGGCCGUUCCCCAGAGUUAAUACCACAUUUGCGGGGUGUAAUGACAAAUCCAAAUUGUGAAUUUCAUGCAAAUACUAUUGCAAUACACUCACUAGCUCAUUGGUCUAAAUGCAGUAUGGACUCAAAAGUGAACAGUUGUCUUGCGGAUAUUAAACUUGAAACUGAAAACGAAGAUGGCAUUAGUUCCGAAGAACCUACAGACUGCCGUCUUUCUAAAAACAUUUAUCAUCCUAGAAUAGCACUUAAGAGCGCUAUAGCUGAAUGGCUGCCUGAAUUUUUUAUAGAAAAAGAAGCAUGGGGUCCCAUAAGUAAGCCUCAACCACAAGUUACAAUGGUAUUACCAAUAAUUCCUAUCAUACCAUCAAUUAACACUUGUAUGAGUCUGAGCACAACUACAACUACAUCGACCAAUACAAAAACUGCAACAGUACCAGAAGUGAACACAACACAGCUUCGAGCUCUAGCUGAUGUUUGUAGCACUGUGAAUUCUUCAGCCGUAAAUCCCAUUUCUAAUCCUGUGAUGAACUCUUUAGUUUCUCCUACUAAAGUAGUCACAAAUGAUGAUAUUUUAAAUCCAAUUACCUCGAGUGUCGCAUCCGCAAUAGAGCUACCUAAAACAAUUCCAAUUUCAGUUGUAUCUGUUCCUAUAAUGCACGCAAAAACUGUCGAGGACGUAUGCCAAUCACAUAUCGAUAAUGAACAGCACAAUACAAAAGAGAAUACUCCAUUAAAAACAGAUGACAUUUGCACUGAAAUAAUCAAAUCACAUAUGGAACUCUCUGAAGUCCAACAUGAUGAUGAUAGCAACAAUAAAAAUAACGAUAAUUUUGAUUUAUUAGAAGAAAAGGACAAGUCUGAACUUCUACCAAUUAUAAGUAAUCUUGAGGAAGACGUAAUAAUUGAUGAAAAACCCCAAGACCGAGAAAGCGCUUCUCUAUCCACUGAUAUAGUCAAUAUGACAGAUGAAAACAAUUUAAGUCCAAUCAGCACAGGAAAUGAGCCGAUGGAAUGCAGUAGUAGUCAAGCAUCCCAAACUCCUCCUAAAGACGAACGCAAAAUUAAUUCAGAAGAUAUUAUUAUGGCAGAGACCACUUCUACAAAUGAGUGCAAUAGUAACAUGCAAAUUGAAAGUUCUGAGUCUUCGCCUAUAUCUAAUGCAGAUAUGAAGGAUGAAGAAGAAAAGAUUUUGAAUGAAGAUGCCAAAAUUAAAGCGGAGGACCUAUUUUUACUCUGUGAUUUGUUUUACUUACCUUUCGAGCAUGGCAGUCGAGGAAUUAAAUUAUUAAAUGAAUUUAACUGGUUAAAAACAAAUGCAAAUGUUCUUUGUGAACUGAAGAAAUCAGCAGCCGAAUCACCAAAACCAGAAGUUGUUGAAUGGUUACAACGCGCUGAAGCUUUUUCAGUUUUAUGUGACUCUGUGCAAGAUUUGUUAAAAAAAGUAGCGAAUUGCGCAAAUAAAGAAAUCUGCCAUGAUCUAUUUUCAUAUAUUUGGGAUAUUGGUGGAGCGUUAAUAUUACUAAAUGCAUUUGUAAAAUGGUUAAGUCAAGGACACUUUCCACCAAAUAUCUGCAGUUUUACUCAAGGAAGCUUCACUUGGUUUAGCAAAGGUUGGAAAGAGACAUUUCAAUCUGGUGAUCAAGAACCUUGGGUAUUUCGAGGAGGUCUAACAGCAGACUUACAACGUUUAAUGCCAGUGGAUUCCGGAAAUGAUCUAUUUUUAUACAAGCUUCCUGAAUUGCCUACAACAGAUUGUACCAUUCUGAGACCCUACACUAACAUAGACGAAAUUGACGUUUAUAAAGUUUGUACAAAAUUUUACUUAACUCUUGGAACUGUUGAAGAUGAAAAUAUUGCACUGCCGGAAAAGUUAUGUGAACUCAUAUCAGAUAGUUUGGUGGGAUCCUAUAUAACAUUGAGUCCUGAGUUUUGCACUAUUGCUUUUGACUCAUCGAAAAACGUUAUAGGUUAUGCUGCCGCUGCUGUAGAUAUAAAACAAUUCGUCCGUAAAGUUAGUAUCUGUUGGUUACCAGCAAUGCAAGAAAAAUACCCAAAAUCAGUUUUAGAUAACAGUGAAUUGUUCAGUGCAAAUAAAAAGUUUAACAAUUCUUUUACUCGAAUGAUUAAUGACUUCCAUAAUUCGGAAUACGAAUGCCCAAAAGAAGUAAGCAAUACGUAUUCAGGCAUUGUAUCUAUAGCUGUUUUAAAAAGCAGCUUAACGGCUGAUCAUGCCCUUGUUAAAAGAUUAUUGACAGUUACAUUGGCUAAUUUAAGAGCAAAUGGGUGUUUCGGCGUUCAUGUACGACUAUCAGACGCGGAACAAGUGCAGUAUUAUUUAAAAGCAGGAUUUCAAGAAAUCUUUCGCGAUCCUUUAACAAAAGAACUAUAUUUAGGACGACGGUUUUAGCAAAUAAAACAAUUUAUUUUGGUUUUAAAAACCAUUAACUUAAUAUUUUAAAUAAGUAAGCUUUGUGUUAGUCGAGUAACGAAUCUCUGUAUGCUCAGUUAAAUAUAUACAACUGCAGUUUUUAAAUUUCUUUAUAUUACAUCCUCACUUCGUUAUUCUGAACUGAUAUCGCAUUGUAUUAAUGUUUCGUUAUACUUAUAUCAAAUAA